AUGGUGGCAUUCAUGCGUUUUGUAAUGAUUGUGAGGAUGAUACAAAUGGUACACCGCUCAUUAAUAGCUAUUGCUGUGGUAGGAAUUAUUCUUGUUAACCUCUAUCAGAGUUUAAAGAAGAAAUUACUUUUUGUUGCUGUCGAAGCGUUGUACUUUAAAGAAGGGAACUACUUCAACGUAAGCAUUGCAGUUCCAUGCAUUUACUUUCUACCAAUGUCAGUUAGGACAUUUUUCGCGAUAUGCCACAUUCAUAUUGAAGCAAAGCAGAAAUACAAAGGUGACGUAGAAUACAAUUUUCAAACCGGCAUUAAACUGCAGUCAAAAAAUCUCCAAAUUUUUCGUCUGAAUUUUAAUCUUACCAUCAAGGUAAGUUUUAGUCUAGUUUCCACAUCACAUCGAAGUUUUACAAUCAACUCGUAA